AUGGGCAGAGGACCUAAGAAGCACCAGAAGCGCCUUGCCGCGCCUUCGCACUGGCUGUUGGACAAGCUCAGCGGUGUCUACGCCCCCAAGCCUUCGCCCGGUCCGCACAAGCAGCGCGAGUGCCUGCCGCUCAUCGUCUUCAUCCGCAACCGUCUCAAGUACGCCCUCAAUGGCCGCGAGACCAAGGCCAUCCUGAUGCAGCGCCUGGUCAAGGUUGACGGCAAGAUCCGCACCGACUCGACCUACCCCGCCGGCUUCAUGGACGUCGUUUCGAUCGAGAAGACUGGCGAGAACUUCCGUCUCGUCUACGACACCAAGGGACGCUUCACCGUCCACCGCAUCCAGGCCGAGGAGGCCGAGUACAAGCUCGGCAAGGUCAAGCGUGUUCAGCUCGGCCGCGGCGGGAUCCCAUUCUUGGUUACGCAUGAUGCCAGAACCAUCCGCUACCCUGACCCUCUGAUCAAGGUCAACGACACUGUCAAGAUCAACCUUGACACUGGCAAGAUCACCGACUUCAUCAAGUUUGACACUGGCGCCCUCGCCAUGAUCACUGGUGGUCGUAACAUGGGUCGUGUUGGUGUCAUCACCCACCGUGAGCGUCACGAUGGUGGCUUCAACAUUGUGCACUUGAAGGAUGCCAUUGACAACACUUUCACCACUCGUGAGAGCAACGUUUUCGUCAUUGGCACUGAGAAGCCCUGGAUCUCCCUGCCCAAGGGCAAGGGUGUCAAGCUCACCAUCGCUGAGGAGCGUGACCGCAGGCGUGCCCAGACCAUCGCCGGCCACUAA